AUGACAGAUUCAACUAUCCACACUGAAGAAAAGUCCACAAAAAGUGAAAACCCAUUUGUUAAAUAUUCAAGUGAUGAACAUCUACGUUCACUUCUUCGUAAACAAUCGAAUUCACUUGGUCAAGUUAUUGUAACAAUCAUUGGUGGUGAUAGUUAUUCAUUAUUUGCUUGGGAUUGGUACGAAAGAAUGUUGGAAAUAUCUAAUGAUACAAAUAAUUGUCAUUGUUUUUUUAUUGCUAUGGAUGAAAUCGCUGUUAUUUUAGCUGUAAAACAAGAUGCACCAGUAUAUUAUUCAACGUUUUCAUUUGACGAUCAAAUGCAAUGGAUUAAUACUAUUGAAGCACGACAACAUUCACUUUAUCGUGUUGGUCAUGCGAAAUUUAAUACUCCAGCUAAAAUUGUUCGAAUGGGAUAUUCUGUUAUGCUUAGUGAAAUGGAUGUUUUCUGGAAAAAAAAUCCACUUGAUUGUUUACAACAACCAUUAAAUACUUAUGAUUUCGAAAUAAGUCAUCAUUAUGGGGCUCAUCCACGUAUUAAUAUUGGUGUAUUUUUUGUUCGAUCAACAAAUGCAUCUAUAUUACUUUUUUCUCAUGUUGCUGAAUUUUGGCUACGUUAUGGUAAAGGUGGUUUUCUUUCUGAUCAACGUGUACUUGAUGCUUUACUUAAUAAUUAUGAUCGAUUAGAUAAAACUUAUUUAAAAGCAAUGAAACUAAUGCCAGUUUUAUUAUUAAAUUGGACAAAACAUGAUUUUGGAAAUCAAUUUUCACAUUUGAUGACAGAUGGUAGUGCUUUUGUAUUGUUUAAUCAAGCAGCUAAAAUAGGAAAAAGAUCAAAAAAAUUUUAUGGUGAAACAAAACCAAAAUUUUUUACAGUUACAGUAGAAAAUAUAAAUAUGUCAAUCAGUUCUAGAAAUCUUCUUAUUCGUUCUCUUCUUAUUCUUCAACAUACAAAUUUAAAAAAUCGAACACUCAUUUUUCCUGCUUUUUCGUCGAAUUUAACUGCCAUUCCAAUAACAUAUCAACUUGAUAUAAAAAAACUUUUACUCUAUUGGACAGAAGAACUUAUUCGUUUUCCUGAAUUUCUUCUUCUUGAAAAAAUUCGUUCUUUACCGAUAACGACUAUUCCAUAUUCACCUAGGAAAACAUACGAAGAUGUUAAUGGAAUAUUGAAUUUAACUUUAGAAUCAAUUCCUUUAAAUUUACCAGCACCUUCACCACAAUUUGAAGUACAUGUUCGAGAUUCUCUUCUAUGGUGUUCACCACCUAGGCAAGAUGGGACUUGGUGUUUUCAUCAUCCAAGAGAUUUUGGUGCAACAAUGGAAAUAUUAUUUGCUUGUCGAGGUGAUCCAUAUCCUCCUUGUGCAAAUAAAACAGAAAAAAAUGAACAAUUUCUUGAAAGACCAUACGAAAAACAAUAG